UGUCCGUAGUCACUUACGGUCAGUUCUGCUGCUAUCUCAUCACUUCCUUCGCACAUCCCUCUUGCUUAUAUUUUCAAUCAGUCGGCGAUUCCCCAGCUUCGUGGUCAUCCUUCGCCACGCUUAUCUCUGCUCUAGGCGCGACCGUAAGUGACUCCUUCCGGCGGCAACAUUUCGCUGCACCACUCCGAACUCGACAAAAGUUCCUCGCACAAACGACCAUCACUGGACCGGCCUGCGCGUUACAUCAUGAAAGGGCUUUCUGACGCUUCCGCCGGUCGCGGCGACUCGCCGAUCGCUGAAUCGGAUUCAUCUGCGGAAUGCUCGUCUCCCACCUCCCUGCUGGACGACGGCACUCUCUCCCUCGUCCUCUCCUUCCUCCCCUCGCGCUUCGCUGUCGCCUCCGCCGCCUUCGUCUGCCGCCGCUGGUGCCGCCUCGCGCUGCGCGUGUGCGUGCGAUCGCUCCGUCCGUCGCCCUUCGUGCUCGAGAGCUUAGCUCCGAAUCUUGAGAGCGUCCUCGGUAGUUUCGACUCCGAAGCGCAGAUGCUCGAGUUGACGACGCGGUUCGCGGCUUCACUCCGUUCUUUGGAGAUCCGUCCCGGCGCGAGGAACUUAAUCUCCUCUGAAAAGGAUAAGCUGACUCCCGAUGGCAUUGUGGGAAUCCUUCGCAACGCGUCGCGGAUCGAGUCCCUAUCGCUGGUCAGUUGCGUCGAGCAGAAUUGCCCGAGAAGAGGGUCGCUUCCCAUGACCCAAUCAGAGUUCGCCACGGUGGUGUUACCGGCCCUGCCACGUCAGCUCAAGUCCCUCAAUCUCCGCUCGGAGCAUUUUCUCUGCCCUGCAGCGUGCGCAGAUCCGCUCGUGUUUGCUCCAAGCGUGUGUUUCAUUCAUCGCGAGAAGGGGGAUGAAGAGGUGCUGAGCACGAGGACCGAUCGCGUGUGGGGUGAAGGGGAUGGCCUUCAAUACGCGGGCUCGACCAGGUUCCCCCCUCCGCCACCUCCGCCUCCUCCUCGUGCCCCUCCGCCACCUCCGCCUCCGCCUCGUGCCCCUCCGCCACCUCCGCCUCCUCCUCGUGCCCCUCCGCCACCUCCGCCACCUCCGCCACCUCCGCCACCUCCGCCACCUCCGCCAACGCCUCGUAACCCUCCGCCACCCGCGCCUCCUCCUCCUCCUCCUCUUCCUCCUCCUCCUGCUGUUCCACCUUCCUCACCUCCUUCCCUCCCCCCUCCUCCGCCUCCUCCUCCUUCUCUUCCUUUUGCUCCCCCUCACAGUCCCCCUGUCCCUCCACCACCCGCCCCACCACUCCCCCCUAUCCCCUUCCGCCCGCCACAACCCAUCUUCCUAACAGACCCCCUCCUCCAAUCAGUCGCCUCCCUCCUUCCCAAUCUCCACUCCUUAAACCUCGACACACCAGCGGACUUUAAACCCGAGUCCAUAGAACAGCUCGCGGCAUCUCUCCCCCACCUGGCAGCCCUCUCCCUCUGGUCCGACGGCAUCACCUGGGAGACGGUCGCGCUCCUCCUCGCGCUCCUCCCCUCCCUGCAGCACCUCUCGCUCGUGUCAUUCGCCUUGGAUCCGCGCUCCUCGCGUCAGGCGGGACGCGAGUCCGAUCUCUUCUCAUGCCCCUCGGGCUCGUCCCUCGCUCCGUCCCUCUCCUCCAUCCGUCUGUACACCGCCCCCCACCGCUCCGUCUCCUGGCACCUGCCUCGCGCCUCCUCGCUCCUGCACGCCUUGGGUGCUGGCUGCUCGGCCACUGAUGCGGAAAAGAGCACCAUUAGCAGCAGCAGCGGCGGUGGCGGUAGCAGCAGCAGCAGCAGCAGCAUUGACAGCAACAGCAGCCACCGCGGUAGUGGCGUCAGCCUGCCUCUCCCCCGUCCGUCUUCCUUCCCUCUGCGCUCCUUACACGCCCAAAAUGCACCCCUAUCCACGUGGCCGCUCGUUGGCCACCUGUUCCGCCACCUCACCACUCUGGAUCUGUCCCAAUCGAAAGCUCUGAGCCCCUCAUCCCAGCCCCACGGCAGCUCGGCUGAGUGGGAGCAAAGCGAGGAGGCGCUCUGCCAAGCCAUCCGGUCGCUCCCCCUCCUAGAACGCCUCGCCCUUCCCUUGGCGUCAGACGCCAUUCUGACGGAAAUCUCGCAGUCCUGCCCGAAGCUCAUCGCCCUGCACGCCCAGCCGCUGGCGCAGUUUGUGGCUGUUUUUGACAAUAGGCCUCCUCACUUCAGUAUGCAUGCCCGCGACAAUCCCUCCCGUCAAUACUGCCUGUCCUCCCAAGCUAGGACCUGCCUGCGAGUGGCCCUCCCCCCUAUCCAAUCACGGGUGACCGAUGCCGGGGUGGUAGCGAUUGCUAACGGAUGCACGCGAUUGGAGCAGCUGAGCCUGGGCGGCUGCGUGAACGUGGGGCCAGUGGGGCUGCGACAGCUGGCGAGGAGGUGCGGGCGGCUGGAGAUGCUGAGGCUGGCGCGGACAGCGGUGAAUGAUGCUGCUGUUGUGGCGGCACUGUUUGGCGACACCUGGCCAGGAGCUGCUGCUGUGGGUGCUGCCGCUGUUGGCAGGAGUGCUGGCGCUGCUGCUACUGUUGGGGGUGCUCCUGAAGUUUCACCUGCUCCUGGCCCCACUGCUGGUGCAGGCAGCGCGUCCGCUGCUACACUCCAGCUGCACCUGCCACGGCUCCUUCUGCUGGACCUGUAUGGCUGCCCUGGGGUUUCGCCCUCCCUCCUGCUAGCGUUCUUGGAAGCAGCCAAGGAGCUCGCUGGAGAUAGUGGGGAGUGCAGGGAUGGGGUAGCUGAAGUGGAGAAAGAGGAGGAUGGGGACUAUGAGGAGAAGAGAGUCGUGGACGAGGGGAAGGGGCAUUAUCAGGGGAGGGUGGAACUGGGAAGGAAUUUUGGAUUGCAGGAUUUUAGGCUGCGGCGGCUGCUGGUGUCUCCUGAAGUCAUUGUUGGGGAUGAUUGGAGGGUGAGAAAGAGGGGUGGAAGCAAGAGUGGGAUGGGGGAUUGUGGAGGAAGUGAACGUGGUUCUGUCAGUGUGGAUUUAAGGCUAGCUGCAAGGGAGGUGGGGAUGCUGUUGCCACGAUUGGUGGUGACGGCUAGAAGGACGGCGGAGCAUGUUCUGCCAUGGGAUGGUUUCUUUGGAGAGAGGAAGCUGGAGGUUGCUGGAUAUGAUGGGGAGGAGCGUGAGUUCUAAUGCGAUGUGUGAUGGACGAGAUUGAUAGAAUAUACUGCAUGAUUUCAAGCAUGGAAGAGAUUGAUACUACCAUAUUUCUAGUUUGAUCAAUUGAU